AUGUCAGAUUCCGGUGAACAAGGGGCAACAAUGUCCGGGCAAGUUUCCGAUUCCGAUGAACAAACAGCACCAAGUUCUGCGCAAUUGCCAGAUUCCAGCGGAGAAGAAGCACAAGAUUCUGGGGAAGCAGCACCAAAUUCUGAAAGCCCAGAUCCCAGCGAAGCAGCAGAAGAUUCUGAGGAAAACACCGAAUCCAGCGAGCCAGUACCACCAACUCCUAUGAAUACACCGGCUUCCAGUGUAGGAGAAACCGCAGGGGAAAAGAAUUUUGAUUUCGAGGAUGUAAGAGCAGCACUUGCUGAGACUAUUCCGGGUUUCGUUGGACAACAAGCACACCAAGACUCUGUCCGAUUUGUAUCUGGUGACAAAUUUUCGGAUUUCGGAACACCCUCAACAUCUUGUUCUCUGAGGAUUCAGCCCAUGCUAAGAAUCAGAUUCAAGAAAACCCGGAACGAAAGUAUUUCUGGCAUUCGAAGCAAGAAACGGAGAAAGAACCCAGGAACAAUCACAGAAGCACCGAAAAUCUAA